GGAGAGACCCGGCUGAGCUAAGAGCAACACGGCAGCCACCAUGAGCCUCCUCAACAAGCCCAAGAGUUAGAUGACUCCAGAGGAGCUGCAGAAGUGGGAAGAGGAAGGAUUUAACACUGGCCUGCUCUCAGUGCCCUCACAGUUGGUCAAGAACAACACGCAGGUGGUCAUCAACUGCCAGAACAAGAAGAAGCUGCUGGGCCACUUAAAGGCUUUUAAAAGGCACUGCAGCACGGUGCUGGAGAACGUGAAGGAGAUGAGGACCAAGGUCCCCAAGAGCGGCAAAGGCAAAAAGAAGUCUGUGAACAAGGACCGCUACGUCUCCAAGAUGUUCCUGCAUGGGGACUCAGUCAUUUAG